GAAUUUGUCAGCCGGGAGGGCGAGCGGUCGGGAGAGAGACCCCGCGAGCUGGGGAGCGGUGGGGAGCGCGAGCGCCGGAGCGAGCCGAGCCAGCCCCGAAAUAGCUCUAGAAAGCCAGGUUCCCGGAGGAAAUGGGACUGUGACCGAACCGGGGAGCAAGAAGGGAAGGAAGCGCCGGGCUUGCUGAUGUCAGAGGAGCCCGUAAAGUCGCGCUGGAAAAAUCUGAAGGCAGCCGGGGCUCUGCUGCUUCCCCAGGAGAGACACCGCCAGCCACCCCCACACGCCCCCUCGGCGCCUCCGGGUUCCCCCCGCGAGCCGGCGACAGCGCGCCGCGGGGCUGCUGCGGGGCGACGGGGGACUGAGGGGCGCGCGGACCGGAGACCGAGGGGCCACUUCAGGAAUACAGAUAAGUGGCUGGCGGCUGGACGUGGAUUUUAAUGAAUUUGGACUCCAUGUGGAUUUGGUCGUCCCCGUGAUUGGGAGCUGCGGGCAGCGAAAGGGGCAGCGCGCCACCCUCGGCAGCCGGCGGCCGAGGCGGACGGGCCGAGAGCGGAAGGACAGACCGACGUCGCCGAGCUGGAAUCAUGUGAGGGCCGGCCGGGAAGGUGGAGUAGAUGAGAACCCGGAGGAUCUGUGUCCUCGUCCCCGCCCCACUCAGAAUGGAACAGAGGAGGCCCUGGCCACGGGCUGCAGAGGUUGACCGCUGGUCUGUGGUCCUGCUCUCUGUGGUCUGGGUGCUGCUGGCCCCCGGGGCGGCCGGCAUGCCUCAGUUCAGCACCUUCCACUCGGAGAACCGGGACUGGACCUUCAACCACCUGACCGUCCACCGAGGCACGGGCGCGGUGUACGUGGGGGCCAUCAACCGGGUGUACAAGCUGACGGGCAACCUGACCAUCCAGGUGGCUCACAAGACGGGGCCGGAAGAGGACAACAAGUCCUGUUACCCGCCCCUCAUCGUGCAGCCCUGCAGCGAGGUGCUGACCCUCACCAACAACGUCAACAAGCUGCUGAUCAUCGACUACUCGGAGAACCGCCUGCUGGCCUGCGGGAGCCUCUACCAGGGUGUGUGCAAGCUGCUGCGGCUGGACGACCUCUUCAUCCUGGUGGAGCCCUCGCACAAGAAGGAGCACUACCUGUCCAGCGUCAACAAGACGGGCACGAUGUACGGCGUGAUCGUGCGCUCCGACGGCGAGGACGGCAAGCUGUUCAUCGGCACGGCCGUGGACGGCAAGCAGGAUUACUUCCCGACCCUGUCCAGCAGGAAGCUGCCCCGCGACCCCGAGUCCUCCGCCAUGCUCGACUACGAGCUGCACAGCGACUUCGUCUCCUCCCUCAUCAAGAUCCCCUCCGACACCCUGGCCCUGGUCUCCCACUUCGACAUCUUCUACAUCUACGGCUUCGCCAGCGGGGGCUUCGUCUACUUCCUCACGGUGCAGCCCGAGACCCCCGAGGGCGUGGCCAUCAACUCGGCGGGGGAUCUGUUCUACACGUCCCGCAUUGUGCGCCUCUGCAAGGAUGACCCCAAGUUCCACUCCUACGUGUCCCUGCCCUUCGGCUGCACGCGGGCCGGGGUGGAGUACCGCCUCCUGCAGGCCGCUUACCUCGCCAAGCCCGGGGAGUCCCUGGCCCAGGCCUUCAACAUCAGCGGCCAGGAUGACGUGCUCUUUGCCAUCUUCUCCAAAGGCCAGAAGCAGUAUCACCACCCGCCCGACGACUCUGCCCUCUGUGCCUUCCCCAUCCGGGCCAUCAACCUGCAGAUCAAGGAGCGCUUGCAGUCCUGCUACCAGGGCGAGGGCAACCUGGAGCUCAACUGGCUGCUGGGGAAGGAUGUCCAGUGCACCAAGGCGCCCGUCCCCAUUGAUGACAACUUCUGUGGACUGGACAUCAACCAGCCUCUCGGAGGCUCGACUCCAGUGGAGGGACUGACCCUGUAUACCACCAGCCGGGACCGCAUGACCUCAGUGGCCUCCUACGUUUACAAUGGCUACAGCGUGGUUUUUGUGGGGACAAAGAGUGGCAAGCUGAAAAAGAUUCGAGCCGAUGGUCCCCCCCAUGGAGGGGUCCAGUAUGAGAUGGUCUCUGUGCUCAAAGACGGGAGCCCCAUCCUCCGGGACAUGGCCUUCUCCAUUGACCAGCGUUACCUGUACAUCAUGUCUGAGAGACAGAUCACCAGGGUCCCCGUGGAAUCCUGUGAACAGUACACGACCUGUGGGGAGUGUCUGAGCUCGGGGGACCCUCACUGCGGCUGGUGUGCUUUGCACAACAUGUGCUCCCGCAGGGACAAGUGCCAGCGGGCCUGGGAACCUAAUCGAUUUGCCGCCAGCAUCAGCCAGUGCAUGAGCCUCGAGGUGCAUCCCAGCAGCAUCUCAGUGUCUGAACACAGCCGCCUGCUCAGCCUGGUUGUGAGUGAUGCUCCAGACCUGUCUGCGGGCAUCUCCUGUGCCUUUGGGAACCUGACAGAGGUGGACGGACAGGUGUCUGGGAGCCAGGUCAUCUGCAUCUCACCGGGGCCCAAGGAUGUCCCUGUCAUCCCUCUGGAUCAAGACUGGUUUGGGCUAGAGCUGCAGCUGAGAUCCAAGGAGACAGGGAAGAUGUUUGUCAGCACUGAGUUCAAGUUCUACAACUGCAGCGCCCACCAACUGUGCCUGUCUUGUGUCAACAGCGCCUUCCGCUGUCAUUGGUGCAAGUACCGGAACCUCUGCACUCAUGACCCCACCACCUGCUCCUUCCAGGAGGGCCGGAUCAACAUUUCAGAGGACUGUCCCCAGCUGGUGCCCACGGAGGAAAUCCUGAUACCAGUCGGGGAGGUAAAGCCAAUCACACUUAAGGCUCGAAACCUGCCCCAGCCACAGUCGGGCCAGCGAGGCUAUGAAUGUGUCCUCAACAUCCAGGGGGCGGUCCACCGGGUCCCCGCCCUGCGCUUCAACAGCUCCAGCGUCCAGUGCCAGAACAGUUCGUACCAGUACGACGGGAUGGACAUCAGCAACCUGGCUGUGGACUUCGCCGUCGUGUGGAAUGGCAAUUUCAUCAUCGACAACCCGCAGGACCUGAAAGUGCACCUCUACAAGUGUGCGGCCCAGCGGGAGAGCUGCGGCCUCUGCCUGAAGGCCGACCGGAAGUUCGAGUGCGGCUGGUGCAGCGGCGAGCGCAGGUGCACCCUCCAGCCCCACUGCGCCAGCCUCUCCAGCCCCUGGCUCGACUGGUCCAGCCACAACGUCAAGUGCUCCAACCCCCAAAUCACCGAGAUUUUGACGGUGUCUGGACCACCUGAAGGAGGGACUCGAGUGACCAUCCAUGGCGUGAACCUGGGCCUGGACUUCUCUGAGAUCGCCCACCACGUGCAGGUGGCUGGGGUGCCCUGCACCCCCCUGCCGGGGGAUUACAUCAUCGCUGAGCAGAUCGUCUGUGAGAUGGGCCAUGCCCUCGUGGGAACCACCUCCGGGCCUGUACGCCUAUGCAUUGGCGAGUGUAAGCCAGAGUUCAUGACCAAGUCCCAUCAACAGUACACCUUUGUGAACCCUUCCGUGCUGUCGCUCAACCCCAUCCGAGGACCAGAAUCGGGAGGCACCAUGGUAACCAUCACAGGCCAUUACCUCGGGGCCGGCAGCAGCGUGGCUGUAUAUCUGGGCAACCAGACCUGCGAGUUCUAUGGGCGGUCAAUGAACGAGAUCGUGUGUGUCUCACCCCCGUCAUCCAACGGACUGGGCCCAGUCCCCGUUUCCGUGAGUGUCGACCGAGCCCGCGUGGAUAACAACCUGCAGUUCGAGUACAUAGAUGACCCCCGGGUGCAGCGCAUUGAGCCGGAGUGGAGCAUUGCCAGCGGCCACACACCCCUGACCAUCACAGGCUUCAACCUGGAUGUCAUUCAGGAGCCAAGGGUCCGAGUCAAGUUUAAUGGCAAGGAGUCUGUCAACGUUUGUAAAGUUGUGAACACCACCACCCUAACCUGCCUGGCACCCUCUCUGACCACGGACUACCGGCCCGGCCUGGACACUGUGGAACGGCCAGAUGAGUUUGGAUUCGUCUUUAAUAACGUCCAGUCCUUGCUCAUUUACAACGACACCAAGUUCAUCUACUACCCCAACCCAACCUUCGAACUGCUCAGCCCUACCGGAGUGUUGGAUCAAAAGCCAGGAUCCCCCAUCAUUCUGAAGGGCAAAAACCUCUGCCCUCCUGCCUCUGGAGGUGCCAAACUCAACUACACCGUGCUGAUUGGAGAGACCCCGUGUGCUGUCACUGUGUCAGAGACACAGCUCCUCUGCGAGCCUCCCAACCUCACGGGGCAGCACAAAGUCAUGGUUCACGUGGGCGGGAUGGUGUUCUCUCCUGGCUCGGUGAGUGUCAUCUCAGACAGCUUGCUGACCCUGCCAGCCAUUGUCAGCAUCGCGGCGGGCGGCAGCCUCCUGCUCAUCAUCGUCAUCAUCGUCCUCAUUGCCUACAAGCGGAAGUCUCGAGAAAACGACCUCACUCUCAAGAGGCUCCAGAUGCAGAUGGACAACCUGGAGUCCCGCGUGGCCCUGGAGUGUAAGGAAGCCUUUGCUGAGCUCCAGACAGAUAUCAAUGAGCUGACCAGCGACCUGGACCGCUCUGGAAUCCCCUACCUGGAUUAUCGUACCUAUGCUAUGCGAGUCCUGUUCCCCGGCAUCGAGGACCAUCCCGUGCUGCGGGAGCUGGAGGUGCAGGGAAAUGGGCAGCAGCACGUGGAGAAGGCCCUGAAGCUCUUCGCCCAGCUCAUCAACAACAAGGUGUUCCUGCUGACCUUCAUCCGCACCCUGGAGCUGCAGCGCAGCUUCUCCAUGCGCGACCGCGGCAACGUGGCCUCGCUCAUCAUGACCGGCCUGCAGGGCCGCCUGGAGUACGCCACCGACGUCCUCAAGCAGCUGCUGUCCGACCUCAUCGAGAAGAAUCUGGAGAACAAGAACCACCCCAAGCUGCUCCUCCGCAGGACAGAGUCUGUGGCCGAGAAGAUGCUGACCAAUUGGUUUGCCUUCCUCCUGCAUAAGUUCCUGAAGGAGUGUGCGGGAGAGCCACUGUUCAUGCUCUACUGCGCCAUCAAGCAGCAGAUGGAGAAGGGUCCCAUCGACGCCAUCACGGGUGAGGCCCGCUACUCCUUGAGCGAGGACAAGCUCAUCCGGCAGCAGAUCGAGUACAAGACCCUGAUCCUGAACUGCGUCAACCCCGACAACGAGAACAGUCCUGAGAUCCCAGUGAAGGUGCUAAACUGUGACACCAUCACGCAGGUCAAGGAGAAGAUCCUCGAUGCCGUCUAUAAGAACGUGCCCUACUCCCAACGGCCAAGGGCUGUUGACAUGGACUUGGAGUGGCGUCAAGGCCGGAUCGCCCGGGUCGUGCUGCAAGAUGAAGACAUCACCACCAAGAUCGAGGGCGAUUGGAAGCGGCUGAACACGCUGAUGCAUUAUCAGGUGUCAGACAGAUCAGUGGUGGCUCUGGUCCCCAAACAGACCUCCUCCUACAACAUCCCUGCGUCUGCCAGCAUCUCGCGCACAUCCAUCAGCAGAUACGACUCCUCCUUCAGGUACACCGGCAGUCCCGACAGCCUGCGGUCCCGAGCCCCUAUGAUCACCCCAGACCUGGAGAGUGGGGUUAAGGUGUGGCAUCUGGUGAAGAACCAUGACCAUGGGGACCAGAAGGAGGGUGACCGGGGCAGCAAGAUGGUGUCUGAGAUCUACUUGACCCGGCUACUGGCCACCAAGGGCACCCUGCAGAAGUUCGUGGACGACUUGUUUGAGACCUUGUUCAGCACUGUGCACCGGGGCAGCGCCCUCCCCCUGGCCAUCAAGUACAUGUUUGACUUCCUGGAUGAGCAGGCGGACAGACACGGCAUCCAUGACACAGAUGUGCGGCACACCUGGAAAAGCAACUGCCUCCCUCUGCGCUUCUGGGUGAACGUGAUCAAGAACCCCCAGUUUGUAUUCGACAUCCACAAGGGCAGCAUCACGGACGCCUGCCUGUCCGUGGUGGCCCAGACUUUCAUGGACUCCUGCUCCACGUCAGAGCACCGGCUGGGCAAGGACUCCCCCUCCAACAAGCUGCUCUAUGCCAAGGACAUCCCCAGCUACAAGAGCUGGGUGGAGAGAUACUAUGCAGACAUUGCCAAGCUCCCCGCCAUCAGUGACCAGGACAUGAACGCCUACCUCGCUGAGCAGUCCCGUCUGCAUGCUGUGGAGUUCAACAUGUUGAGCGCCCUCAAUGAGAUCUACUCCUACGUCAGCAAAUAUAGCGAAGAGCUCCUCGGGGCCCUAGAGCAGGACGAGCAGGCCCGGCGACAGCGGCUGGCGUACAAGGUAGAACAGCUCAUAAAUGCCAUGUCCCUGUCCAUUGAGAGCUGAGAGACGGAGCCUCACGUUCCCGGGAAGAGGGACCCAUGCAAGCCGUCACCCUGCGCGUCUCAGAAGAAGGACAAGUGAAGGGGAUCAGCCCCCAGAGCUUGGUGUCCCCUGAGACCCCAUCACGGGGAGAGGGGAGGGCCCCUCUCCCCACGCCAGCCACGUUUCGUCACAGCCGGUUCCCGCAGGGAGAGACCACGGGCGCCGUCCCUCCACAGUGAGAACCGGAGAGAAGCAGGGGCCCAGAGAAGGCGGUUCUUCAAGCCGAGAGGCACGAACUGGGGACAGUUCUGCCUCUGUGACUGCUGCUUUGCAUGAAAACUCAUUUGAUGUAUAUUGGGGAAAUAAUGAGAACUUUAUUUAAUUUUUUUUAAGAAAAGGAAAAAAAAAACAGAAAUAAAACAAAAAGCCUCCCUGUUAAUCCCGUCCAACUUCUGUUUCAUUCUGAUUUCUGCCUCCCUUCCUUCUUCCCUCCCCCCUUCCUCGAGUGACUCCUCUUUCCACAUGCCAGAAAAAGCCUGCAAAGAGAACCGGAGAGAAAUUGGAGGGAAAACGAUCAUUUCCUUCCCCUUGAAAUUACGAGAAAAUGAGGAGGAGGAGAAGAACGAGCACAAGUUCACCCCAAACGCUUCGCCGAAACAGAGGCCAGGAAAACCUGGAAUUAUCCCGGCAGCCACAGGAACAUGGGAGCUACAGAGCGCGGUGCAGACGGCAGCGCCGUGGAGGGGGCUCAACCCGGCUGGCUGGGCGCAGAGCUUCACCUACCACACCCCCGUGGGCUCUCAUCCCUGGAGAGGAGCUCUGUGUCCAUAGAGUUAACCAGUGCUUUUUUGCUACUGCUUUUGUGUUCGUUUUCCUCUUGUUUCAUCUCAAACCUCAAGAAGCGAGGAGCUGACCUUUGGUACUUUUCCCUUUGGUGUCUGUAAAGUUACUAGGAGACGCGGCGGAGAGCUGGGCCUCUCCCAGACCCGACGCCUGGCCUCCCUGCGGACACCGGGCAGCUUUGCCUUACAUCAGUCGCGGUCCUGAACCGGGCACCCUGGGGAAAGGGCCUGGAGGUGUGUGCCCCCCCCCCCCGGGAGAUUCCAUCUGGGAGCUGACUGGGGGACAUGGGUAUCUGGCUUUAGAUUGCACUCCAGUCUGCCCGUGGUUUCUUGGCAAUUCGAGAGAAAGCAAAAAUCAAACACUGUUUACAGCAAGCAAUACUUGAAGAGCGUAGGGUAAAGAUGCUGCCGUGUUGAUUGUGACGCUUUCUUUCUAUCGUUCUCUUGUGCCUGCAGAGGGGAGACGGCCCUCCGCUCCCGUGUGGAAGCUCCUGGUCGGCUGAGCCCUGGCCUCAGUAGAAAUGACUGUAGCAUGCCCACGUUACUGUCUCCUGCCUCUCUCUCUGCCCCUCCUGUCCUCAUGAGUUUCAAGGACGAGUGGGUGGCUUCUCACUGGGCUCCUUUCUUUCUCACUCUCUUCUGCUGACACCUAAAACCAUGGAUGACCCACUCUCCUGCGUGUAGUUUCUAAACCAAGAGACCAAAGCUCCACACCCGGGUCCAAAGGCGCCACGAAAGCCAGCGGGAGUCAUGGCUCUGUUGGUGGCAAGACCUAGGUGACCGGGACAGCCACCAGAGUUUCCAGGCCUCCCACACUGGCAAGGAUCCAAGCAGGCAGCUCCAGCUUCUCUGUCAGAGCAUCAGAGGGAAGGAGAAGGAGGGCGAGAGAAAGGCCAAGGGGUGGGAAGGAGGCAGGCAGGAGAGGACCACCGCUCCCUUCCUACUUUCUACAAGGGCCCGCGGUGCUGAGAAACUGGACCAGGCAGCCCCACAGAGACCAGACCAGGGUCAUUUCCUCUGUAAUUAACUCUGGGCCCCAGCUUCUCUGUGCCAUGAUUUACCUCCAAACGAUUCCAAUUUCCAAAGGCUCUGCUGACCACACUGGAUUCCCAGGAAAGGACUGGGGGAGGGGGAGCUCUGCGGGCUGGCUUCCGUCCCCGGCGUGUGGCUGUGGAGUGCCGUGCUAACCACACAGCAGACAUCGCCCGGGCUCCUCAGCUCCAGUUUCUUGCCUGAAUGCAGCUGACAGAGGGAAAGAGAAAAGCCUUCAGCAAAAUACUCAGGAAACUCGCUCUUUUCAUUAUAAUUCACAACCAGCCAUGCCAAGGCCACUUUCUUCCGAUAAUCCACUUCUGCUAAAGUUUCUCUGGACCCUAUUAAUAGCCUGAAAGAAAUACUAAUGACUGGCCUUCCGCACUAAGCCAAAGUGUUUGCUCUUCAUAGCACCCAAAGCUUCUCAGCUUGGAGCCUGUGAUUUAGGGCGAUGAAAGGAGAGAGGAUGUGAGCAAGAGGCAUGUGAGCCGGGGACUUGAUCCCACCCACAGAAAAAUCCCAGCCCGCCCUCCUGUUACAUGUGAGCUCCGAGUGAAGGUUUUCUGAUCACGCCCCUGCACGGACCAGCAUCCGGGGUUUUGUUCCACCAAGAAGGAAAAGGAAGUUUGGCGUUUCAACAGCUUCUCAACCAACACUUACCUCUAUGCAUCUCGGGUGGACACCCGAGUGUCAACCAGGAGCUACUUUGGGUGACUAUUUGCUGCCCUGGGGCUGUUCCUUGAAGGUGUUUGGGGAGUGGGGAGAAGGAUGGGAGAUAAGCCAACUGGAGAGUGGAGAGGAGAGGAACCAGAGCUGGCGUGAAUGGUCUGGCCACAUUCCUCAGGAUUCCGUUAAGAGUGUGGGGCAUGUGGGGAAGGCAAAGGAAGUGGCACAGGGGCGUCUCUGAGGAAGGAAUUCAAGAAAGGACGACUCAGUGCGACUCAAGUCAGGCCGUGAGGGUGCACACUUGUCAAGCCUUGGCCCUUCUCCAGCUUCCCCUCUGUCCCUCCUCCACCAGCUCUUGGCUUUGGGUCAUCAAGAACCGAUGGAGUCCGUGCCUGUAGGAUGGGGAGAACGGGGAGUCGAUUGGCCUCUCUCCUCCCUAUUAUCCGAUUUGGAGAUAUUUGGAGCUCAUGUAAGGAAAAAGUCACAGCCCCCACCCCCCACGAAGCCAGCCAUCUUGGAGGGAGGCAAGAAGGGCAAUGCCUCUCAAAAAUCAACCCAGCUUCGUUGUGUUUCGUUAAUCUGCACCAGCGACAGUUCUCUGGAAAAGGCCCCCAGCAAUGUGCUUGGCAAGACAGAAGGUGCUAACGGACAAGACGAAGAUGGGCGAGAUGUCCAUUUUGGUGGAGCAGGUCACUUCACCUGGUCUGCUGCCUCUGCCCUCAGCACGGGGGUGGAGGGCAGGUAUUUCUGUGUCUGCCCUCCUACCUCUCCCCACAGCACAGCUCUCAAAUCAUUUCUGAUCCACCGCUGCAGAGAGCUCCCCUUCCUUGCAGAGCUCAGUCAUUCAAAGUGUGAAUCAGCUGUUAACCUCGCUGGAGGGUGGGGACUGGUUCCUACAUUCAUCCAUUCAGGGAACCUUCAUACAUUGCAGCUAUCUGCUAGGCACUGUUCUGGGUGCUGAAACACAGCCACGAAUAAGACCAAGAAGGACCUUCUAGCAGAUUUACACUCUCCAGGCUACUGGUCCCUGCCACCAACUUAGUAGGUAAAUUCUCCCCCACCACCUGCAGAGGGCAUGAGUUGUGCAGAAAAGGGACCGGAAGAAGGAAGAAAGUGGACCAACCCAGCUGCCUUACCUUAUUCUGGGGACAUUCCUUGUGCAGUGAGAGGCUCUAUCAUUUCUCCUGCCGCUGUCCCUUCUGGUGGCGCGUCCCCUGCUGCUUGAGCUCCUGACCUUUCUUCAUUUCCACCAAAUGGGGACAAGAAAUAGCGUUCAAGGCCUCUGGCCCUGCUGAGCAUGAAGCAGAAGCGAUGGAUGGGUGUGCUGGACUAAAAAUGAUCCGGGCAGAACAAAAAGAGAACGAAAGCCUCUGGCUGAGAAAUCUCCAGGUGCAUCCCAGUUGCCACACAGGCCCCCAUUAACCUGCAGCAGGUAAACACUGGGCCAGCAGCCGCCCUGGGGGAGGCCAUUUUUUCCCCAGGCACACUGUGCUGCAUCUGAGGCGCCUGGAGCCUGGCUACUGACGGGAAAGAGCCGAGGCUCUUGGGGCAGGGGGAAGGGGAGCGGUGAGAAAAUGCAAAACAGCCUCAUCGUUACAGGGCUGUGGCAGCAGAUCUCGCAGGAAGAUGGGGAGAUGAAGUUCAGGGCCUUGUCUCCGGAACAAGCUUUGCAAAAAUGGCAGGAUCCCCUUCAUAACUCCAGAGUCUCUCUUCUCGGUCUCUUGACUUUCUCCUGGUUUCCCCAGAGGAGGAAGUUUUAGCACCCGGGCCUCAGUGUUACCAUGAAUGAAAGUUUCACUCUUGGUAUCAGGGAUGCCCUAGGAGCUGACUGAUCGAGAUCCCUGCUUGUCAAACAGGGCCCCAGCCCAACAAGCAGACUGGAGAUUCUGGGCUUCUCGUGGAUGUCUGUCUCCUUCUCCUCGCUGUAACAGGGCUCCACCUUCAGACGGGGCUCUGUUCUUUCUGCUGUGAAGCUUACUCCUCCUGUCUAGCUUCCAGGAAGAUGGGAGGCACCUUUGGACAUCAGUCAAGGCCCUGCCUUUGGCUUUAUUUGCCCUCUAUGUUGACAUUUCAAGUGGAGAACAUAGUGGAACGUGGUCCCCCUCCAUACAGGGCAGACAUUAGCAAGUCUGUUGGGGAACAAGGGACAAGCCCACGAAACUGGGGACCUGAGCCCACCUGCCUCUCCCCCCAACUUCUCCUACCCAAACUCACUCUUCUUGACACACUGGAAUCUGUAUUAUAUAUAUUUUUAAGAAAAUACAAUGAUAGUUGUCUGGUUUUG